AUGAAUCCCUUCUUCUGGCUGUUUGCACUGCUUUCCCUCCUCCCUCUGGUUUUGGCCACAAGGAGUCGGGGGAUCGUUAUCCGCCUGCAGCAGCCGGAUGGACGAGUGCUGCACAGGUCCAAGCGUGACUGGAUGUGGAGGCAGUUCUUCCUGUCGGAGGAAUACACAGGAAGUAACUAUCAGUACGUGGGAAAGCUUCGCUCGGAUAAGGAUAGAGGAGACGGCACAGCGCGCUACGUCCUCUCCGGAGAAGGAGCGGGCACCAUUUUCCGUAUUGAUGAAAAGUCAGGUGAUCUACAUGCCACUCAAAGACUCGACAGAGAAGAAAAAUCAUCCUACACCCUACAAGCACAGGCUUUCAACAAAUACACUGGCCUCCCUCUGGAACCGGCCACCGAGUUCAUCGUCAAGAUUCAUGACAUCAACGACAACGAGCCCAAGUUCACGCAGGCUGUCUACAGUGCCAGCGUCCCCGAGAUGUCUGACGUCGGUACUUUUGUGAUAGAAGUCAACGCCACAGAUGCAGACGACGCCUCGUACGGGAACAGCGCUAAGCUCGUCUACAGCAUACUACAAGGGCAGCCGUACUUCUCAGUGGAACCAGAGACAGGAAUUGUGAGAAUAGCCCUGUCCAACAUGGACCGGGAGGUACGGAAAGACUACCAGGUGGUUAUUCAGGCCAAAGACAUGGCAGGACAGAUGGGGGGUCUGUCUGGAACCACUGUGGUCAAUGUGACCCUUACAGACGUUAAUGACAGCCCGCCGCGCUUUGCCUACAGCUCCUAUCAUUUGAGCACUUAUGAGUCGGCGGAAAUUGGCUCCACAGUGGGUCGAAUUAAAGCCAAUGACGGGGAUGAGGGAGAGUAUGCUGAGAUGAAGUACAGGAUCAUCGAAGGAGAUGGGAAGGACUCACUCGACAUCAUUACUGAUGAGAUAACUCAAGAAGGAAUAAUCAUUGUCAAAAAGAAACUGGAUUAUGAGAGCAGGCGUGUGUAUACCAUCAAAGUGGAAGUGAGUAACACACACACUGACCCCGGGUUCCUCCAUCUGGGUCCGUUCUCUGACACGGCUGUCGUUAAAGUGUCGGCAAAGGACGUGGACGAGCCACCGGUGUUCAGCCGGCCACAUUUCAUUAUCGAGGUCAACGAGGACACGCCAAAGGGAAGCAUCAUCGGGACGGUUACAGCCUGGGAUCCUGACGCAAGCGACUACCCUGUUCAGUUCGCAAUAGACGAGCACACUGAUCCUGACAGACUCUUCCACAUCGACCCUAGAAAUGGCUCUAUUACAACCCUGAAGUCUCUCGACAGAGAGGUGUCCAAGUGGCACAACAUCUCCGUGCUCGCCAGCGAAAUAAGUAAGACCACUCUCGGGAAAAGAGAGAACAUUUACAUCGUGAGCAGUUGUUUUUUUUUCCCUCACAAUCUAGACUCUGUUGCCAUCUUUUCAGAUAAUCCUCGUCAGAGAAGCCGUGUUCCCGUCUUGAUCAAGGUGCUGGAUGUGAACGAUAAUGCACCCGAGUUCGCCAUGUUUUAUGAGACAUUCGUGUGUGAAAAUGUCAGAGCUGGGCAGUUAAUCCAAACUAUCAGUGCCAUUGACACGGACGAGCCUCUUGUCGGACACAAGUUCGUCUUCACUUUAAGCUCCAGGAAUCCAAACUUUACCAUCUUUGACAACGAAGAUAACACGGCGAGGAUCCUGACCAAGCGGAGCGGCUUUAACCGGCAGGAGAUGAGCACGUACUACCUGCCUGUGGUGAUCUCGGACAGCGAUUAUCCAAUCCAGAGCAGCACGAGUACGCUGACCGUACGUGUGUGCAGCUGCGACAGCACGGGGAACCUGCGCUCGUGCAGCGUGGACGCUCUGCUGCUCUCAGCACGGCUCAGCACCGCCGCCCUGGUGGCCAUUCUGCUGUGCAUCGUCAUUUUGCUCAUGAUCGUGGUGCUGUUCUCGGCCCUGAGGAAGCAGCGACGCAAAGAACCUCUGAUCAUCUCCAAAGAGGACGUCAGGGACAACGUGGUGAGCUACAACGAUGAGGGCGGAGGCGAAGAGGACACGCAGGCCUUCGACAUUGGAGCGUUGCGCCACCCGGAGGCAAUGGAGGAAACCAACCAACUGAGGCGUGACAUCAUCCCGGACGUCCUGUUCCCGUACCGCACGUACUCUCCCGCCAACGAGUGUAGCAACCUCAGAGACUUCCUCAUCAGCAGGCUGAAGGAGACGGACACCGACCCCUCUGCUCCUCCUUACGAUUCCCUCGCGACGUACGCUUAUGAGGGCAACGGCUCCAUCGCCGAGUCUCUGAGCUCGCUGGAGUCAUCGGUGAAUGAAGGAGAUCACGAGUACGACUUCCUCGGCACCUGGGGGCCGGAGUUUAAAAAGCUCGCCGAUAUGUACAUGCCAAAAGAGACGGCGUCGGCGAGCUAAAGGAUUCCACUCAGAUCGGCGUAUGUUUAUCGUGGACUACAAGUUAACUCUCGCUCCAGAUGGAUUUUCUACUGA